AUGAAGAGCUUCCCGUUCCUGAUAACAAUCUUGCUGCUCUGCUACAGCGCUAAGGCCAUGGAAGUGUGGCUGUACAGUCGAGGUAGCAACGCCAAGUUCACCAUCGACACCGUUCAGCGAUGCUAUACGCUCGAAGAAUUGUGGAACGACCGAGCUGUUCGAACGACGUGGAAGAAGCUGCCCGAAGGAGCUCAUCUCGUGUUUUACAAGCAUGCUGGCUGCGUUGCUCCCAGUGUCAAGAUGGACCAAUAUACAUCAGGCAGCUUUUCAUUUGAAAAAGAAGACAAACUCUACCUCACGGUGUCAUCGUUCAUGGUGCAAGAGUUGAGCGAAUAUCCAACCGAGGGACUUGUGGAGAUUGAGAGCGACGACCCUGGUUCGAUCUUCGAGAAUACCGCACCGAAUAUUUCCUCUGGCAUACCAGGUAUCUGGUAG